AGUCUUCUUCAGGAUCCGACUGGACCCAUUCAUCCUGAAAAUGAGAACUGUUCUCAUGGUUGCAGAGAAACCAUCGUUGGCUCAGUCAAUUGCCAAAAUCCUCUCCAAAGGAAAUUGUACAAGUCGUAAGGGACUGAAUGGAGCCUGCUCAGUGCAUGAAUACUCGGGCAGUUUCCAAGGCCAAACUGUCUGCUUUAAGAUGACUUCUGUCUGUGGACAUGUGAUGAGUCUGGAUUUUACUGGGAAAUACAACAACUGGGACAAGGUGGACCCUGCUGAGCUCUUCAGUAAAGCUCCAACAGAAAAGAAGGAGGCCAACCCGAAGCUCAACAUGGUGAAGUUUCUCCAAGUUGAAUCCAGAGGCUGUGACUAUGUGGUUCUAUGGCUGGACUGCGAUAAAGAAGGCGAGAACAUCUGUUUCGAGGUUCUGGAUGCCAUCCAGCCAGUAAUGAAUAAAGGAAUAGUCAAGGAUCAGAGCGUGUUUCGUGCCAAAUUCAGUUCUAUAACGGACACGGACAUCUGGAACGCUAUGAACCACCUGGGAAAACCGAACCAGAACGAAGCGCUGUCGGUCGACGCUCGUCAGGAGCUGGACCUGCGCAUCGGCUGUGCAUUCACCCGAUUCCAGACUAAGUAUUUUCAAGGCAAAUAUGGCAAUCUGGACUCCUCCUUAAUCUCAUUUGGACCAUGCCAGACUCCAACACUGGGUUUUUGUGUGGAACGCCACGACAAGAUCCAGUCCUUCAAACCAGAAACCUACUGGGUUCUUCAGGCAAAGGUGUUCAGAGGAAAAGACAGCCCUCUGAUCCUGGACUGGGACAGGGUGAGAGUCUUUGACAGAGAGGUGGGGCAGAUGUUUCUCAACCUGGCCAAGACUUCCAAAGAGGCCCAGGUGGAGUCGGUGAGUAAAAAGGAGAAGUCCAAGCAGAGGCCUCAGGCCCUGAACACAGUGGAGAUGUUGAGAGUGGCCAGCUCUUCUUUAGGCAUGGGUCCCCAACACACCAUGCAGAUCGCAGAGCGCCUGUAUACCCAGGGCUACAUUAGUUACCCACGUACUGAGACAACCCACUACCCAGAGAACUUUGACCUGAAGGGAACACUGAAGCAACAGAGCAACAACCCCAUCUGGAGAGAAGAGGUAAAUGCUCUACUUUCAACCGGUAUAAACCGACCCAGGAAGGGAACUGAUGCAGGAGACCAUCCACCCAUUACACCGAUGAGAUCUGCCUCAGAGGGGGAACUGGGCAGUGAUGGUUGGCGUCUGUACGAGUACAUCACACGACAUUUCAUUGCCACAGUCAGUCAAGACUGCAAGUACCUGCAAACAGUAAUAGCCUUUGUUAUCGGCACAGAGGCCUUCUCAUGUACUGGGAAAACCCUCAUUUCACCAGGGUACACUGCAGUGAUGCCAUGGCAAGGCAUCCCCCUGGAAGAAGCCAUCCCAGUCUGCGAACGUGGAGACACUUUUGUUGUUGACGAGAUCAAGCUGGUGGAAAGACAGACCAGCCCACCUGACUACCUGACAGAGGCUGAGCUCAUCACACUUAUGGAGAAACAUGGCAUCGGCACUGAUGCCAGCAUCCCUGUCCACAUCAACAACAUCUGUCAGAGGAACUAUGUGACUGUAGAGAACGGACGCAAACUAAAGCCAACCAAUCUGGGCAUAGUCCUGGUACAUGGCUACUACAAAACAGACGCAGAGCUCGUCCUGCCUACUAUACGCAGCGCUGUGGAGAAGCAGCUGAACCUCAUUGCUCUGGGGAAGGCAAACUACCAGCAGGUUCUGCAGCAUGCACUAGAUAUCUUCAAGAGGAAGUUUCACUACUUUGUGGAUUCCAUCACGAGCAUGGAUGAGCUCAUGGAGGUCUCCUUUUCUCCCAUUGCUGCCACUGGAAAGCCCCUUUCCCGCUGUGGCAAAUGUCACCGCUUCAUGAAGUACAUCCAGGCCAAGCCCAGCAGGCUCCACUGCUCCCACUGCGAUGAGACCUACAGCCUUCCCCAGAAUGGAGCCAUCAAGCUGUACAAGGAGCUCCGCUGUCCCCUGGAUGAUUUUGAGAUCGUCCUGUGGACCUCCGGGGCCCGGGGCAAAAGCUACUCGCUGUGUCCCUACUGCUUCAGCAACCCGCCUUUCAGGGAUAUGAAGAAAGGGAUGGGCUGUAACGAGUGCACACAUCCGUCCUGCCAGCAUUCCCUCAACUCUUUGGGCAUUGGACAGUGUGUGGAGUGUGACACUGGAGUUCUGGUGCUGGAUCCCACCUCUGGACCCAAGUGGAAGAUGGCGUGUAAUAAAUGCAAUGUGGUGGUGCACUUCUUUGAACACGCACACAAAGUCCAAGUUGCUCAGGAAAGCUGUGAUGCAUGCGAAGCCUUCCUGGUGGCUGUGGACUUCAACAAGACCCGCACGCCACUCCCUGACAAUGAGACCCAACACACCGGCUGUGUUUUCUGUGAUCCGGUCUUCCAGGAUCUGGUGGAGCUCAAACAUGCCACCAUGAGGCACGCCAUGUAUCGAGGAGGUGCGAGACGAGGAGGACGAGGUCGAGGCAGGGGACGCCGUGGCAAUCCUAAAAAACCCAAAGAUAAAAUGGCUGCUCUGGCUGCAUAUUUUGUAUAGUUUUAGCGUUGGGGGUUACUUUUAUUGCACGGCAGGUAAUAUUAAUAUUUGAAGCCAUUUGUUAAUACACUUUAA